AUGUCUUCAGAAGUCAUUGAUAUUGCAAGGAUUUCGGACGGCGGGUCAUCCCAACCUCAAAUCCAAGCGAGGGUCGACCUUUUCAAAAAUUGGAAUAUUCCAAUUGGGUCAAAGAUAAUUGAAAUCGGCUGCGGGCAAGGAGAUUGCACCCUAGUGAUGGCCUAUCUAGUGGGAGAGCAGGGCCACGUCACAGGAAUUGAUCCGGCACCCUUGGACUACGGAGCGCCCACAACACUAGGCCAAGCACAAGACAAGCUAAAGCAGAGUGUGGUCGGUAAUCGGAUCACAUUCCACCAGUCAGAUCUUAAAAGCUUUCUCGAUUCCAGCGCCUCAGAACCACUUUAUGACUAUGCCGUGUUCGCGCGUUCAACUUGGUACUUAUCAUCCGCUGAAGAAUUGACGCCGAUGCUGGUGGCUCUGCGCGGAAGAACGAAGCACCUCUGCAUUGCAGAGUACUCAACUGAUAUCCAAGGGGAUAUUGCCGCUCUACCACACCUACUGGCGGCAAUUUCACAAGCGGAAUUCAACUCCAGGGAUAACAACUUAGACCGCCAUGAUAAUAUCCAGUCAAUCAUACCCCCGCAGAAGUUUCGUGAGCUGGCGUUAAAGGCGGGAUGGGUAUUGGAGAAAGAAGAUCUUAUCAGAUCCCCAGAGGAUCAGGAGGAUGCGCGGUGGGAGGUUGCUCGCGUCCUCUCGGAAAGUUAUCGCAUCAGGUCGCAAUCAACUAGUGGUGCUAGUCGUCAAGAGUACGCAGAUGCGUUGAUUGGUGCUGUUGAGGAGAGCAAGCGUGCACUUGGCCCGAAUCCUAAGCUCAGAACUUUGCCUACGUGGCUGGCCUCGUGGGCAAUCAAGUGGAGAUAUAGCGGGGUUCCAGCUUUCCCGCGGCGGGGUGGAACUUGGCAAGAUCAGCCCAAUAAUCCACCAUCUCACCUCCAGGGACAGCGACGGGGAAAGGCAAAAUGGGACUUAAAGUCGCGAUUAUCGGUAAGUACUAGUCUUGGAAGCUUAAAGCAGCCUCCGCUCAGACCAGUCGCAGGAGCCGGACCUUCCGGUCUUGUCACUGCAAAAACACUCCUACACAACUUUCCACAAGGCACAUUCUCUCCCGUCAUUUUUGAUAGUCGCCAUGAAGUCGGUGGUCUUUGGAGCUCUUCAGGCACAGGGACCUUAAACCCUUCCAUGAGGACUAAUCUCAGUAGCUUCACGGUCGCUUUCUCUGAUCUUGCAUGGGAAUCGGUCAUGGAAACGUCGGGGGUCCCGAUGUUUCCACAAGCGAGACAAGUCGGCCGGUCCGACGGGAAUUGUUCACACGAAGAGACUGAGUCGGAAGAAUUCGAUCUGCUCGUCGUGGCAUCUGGCUAUUUCGCUCAGAAACAUGUCCCGUCGAUUCCGGGAUUGAAAGAACUUACCCUCGCUGGUCGGGUUGUCCACAGCUCGGAACUUCAGACAAAGGAGCGAAUCCAAAGCGAUAGUAAUCAUUUGGCCCAUGGAAAUAUCGCUAUUAUCGGUGGAAGUAUGUCUGGAGUGGAGGCUGCUUCUGCAGUGGCGCUCCACCAAUCUUCAGAUGCUCACAAUAAAGCCCAGGUUGACAAGCACGUCGUACACCACAUUCAUUCGCGCCCUUUCUGGACCUUGCCAACUCAUUUACCCCAUGAAACCUCAGAGAUUUCAGAAACCGUUUCCUUCUUACCAUUAGACUUGGCAAUGUAUGAUCUUGGCCGUCGACCUCCAGGCCCAAUCGAGUAUGCACUGGGAGUCAUACCAAAAGAUAAAAUCGCAAAGACCAAUGAAUAUUUCAGCUCACUACUGGGAGCUGAAUACAAAGAAUUUGGACAUAUGCAAGGAAACCCAAGUCAAAAUAUGAAUUCUCAGCCACCGUGGGUGGCGAUAGGGAACAACUACGCGGAGUUUGUUCGGUCCGGAGCCAUACAAUCCACAAUGGGACGUGCAGUGUCUGUGAAGACCAAUCAAGAAACUAAAUUGUCUACUAUUGAGAUAGCCUCUGCUGAUGGACAAACAAAUACCCUGGAUAACAUUGCAUCCAUUGUAUUGGCCACAGGGUUUACCCCAUUCGACUCACUAUCCCUUUUGCCCGCGGAUGUCUUAGCCGCUCUAGAAUACAGCAAAGAGGACCCGUUCUUGCCGCUUGUACUGGACAAGGGUGGUACAAUCCGGUCUGAAGUGCCCGAUCUCGGCUUUGUCGGGUUCUACCGAGGUCCUUAUUGGGGAGUGAUGGAGAUGCAAGCCAGAUUCCUCGGUGCAGAAUGGAUCAAGAAAAGCCGCCAACCUUUGAAAACAGAAACGCAAAGACAAAGCCUGCGAAUCCUAAGAGGCCCGGAUAAAAGUCUCCAGCGCGGGCAAUUUCCGAUGGGAGACUAUGUAGGGUUGAUGGAGUCAUUUUCCAAGGACCUGGGAAUCGACCGUACGGGACUUUCAGAGAAUGACAGUCGGUCUGGCCCGGCCAUUCCUGCUCGCUAUACAUACAAACACCCGUCCAUAACUGCACAUAAGGACAUGUGUAAUGAAAAAGAGCGCACUCUGAGCGCGUUGAAGGCUUUGUCCGAUCCAAGCCAUCAAAGCUUACAAGAUGCCGCUGCAUUGGCCGUGUUCCGAGCUCUCCAUGGAACCUGGAGAUUCUCCCGGGAAGAAGUUGCGGGAAAUAAAGAGUCUGGAACGGCCACACUCUCUCCUCGAUACCCUUCCAGUCCGGCGUAUGACCGAGAGUAUGUCUGCGAUGAGUACUUAGAUUCAGACUUAGACGAGACAUCUUUUUCAUGUUCUAAGCACCGCUCAAUUUUUCGGUUAUCAGAAUCUGGAGCUCAAGAUGGAAACACAGAUAUCGAGAUUUGGGGAGGUGAUCCUGUAGAAGCUGGUGAGAAUCUCCAGCGACUGCAUCUCACACCUUUCUACCGCAAGGAAGUCGAUGGGGAAUAUACGCCGGGAGAACAUGUGAUCUAUGCCAAGAGCUCUGCAAGCUCUUUGAGAGUUGAGUCUGAAACUACAAAGGUUUCUCCAAGAGGAUUCGAGUAUGUCUUCCAUUUCAAAGGUGUCUCAAUUGCUAGUUGGGAAAAACUUGAGCCGGAUGCCGCGGGAGCCGAAGGCCAAGCACUUUCGCGAACCCGAACCAUAUACACAAGAUAG